AUGCUGCGUCACGUCGACUGGGAGUCGCAGCAGCGUCGACAACACCGGCGGGGCUCCGCUCACUCCCACUCCCCGCCACAGCAGCAGUGGCAACAGCGGGCACAAGAAGAGGGGCGAACGCCGCCGCCGCGGCGUGAAGCUCCGCCACCACCUCCGCUGGCGUUCACAACACCACCGUCCGUGAGCCCGUCUCCUCCUGCCGCUCUCAGGUCGGUGGCGUCUCCAGUGCCGCAGGCAGCUCCACCGCCCAGUUCGGCUCACGAGAGUCUUUUUGGCUGCCUGUCUUCAGUCAGCGCCGGCGGGCGUCUUCUUCAUGACACCCAAAGCAAUCACCAUCGCCGUCUCGACGACGAGUUGGCGUGGCGCCAGGAGGCGCCAAGUAAAGAACGAGAACUGACUGAGCGGGAGGAGGAGUUCCGCGCCCUCGUGCAAAUGCAGCACGCCGCGUACAACGAGCGACUAGAGGAGAUCUCCCGUAAGGAAAAGUACCUCCUGGAGUGGGAGCGGCGGUUGCGCUCCGCGGAGAAAACAAUACAGGCAGGAAAACACGAAAAUUGUCACCUUUCCACAGCUGCACCGUCGUUUACUGGCGACGGCGGCAAUCUACUCCGCAAGCCCAAAGAAUGA